AUGAAAUUGGUGAACAAUUUUAAAACAGAGCUAAAUACGCUUAAUGGUAAAGUUGCAGCAUUGGAAUCUAGAAUUGACACAGUUGGACAAACGGAUGAAAUAGAACAAAUGGCCCAACUUGGGAAAAAGAUUGCUGAAGUGAAUGCUCAUGAUACCCGUUACAGGGAUACUGCGACUAAUGGCAAAGAUGAAACUACUGAUAUCAUUAAGCAAUACUUGCAUGAACAAUCGGAACAACUAACAAACAAACUGGAUUCUGUUGUGAGUGCCAUCAAGAGCGCGAAUAAGGAUCUUGUAAGCUUUUUAACCACAUCAGAUCACUUUCAAGCACAAAAUAAAGCACAACCUAAAAAAGAUGUACUAGUUUUGAAAAACAAUAGUACUGAGGAAAAUAAGGCUUUGAAUAAUAAGAUGCAGCCUACACUAGAAGUAAAAGCUUCAAGUGGAUCAAACUCUGCGUCUGGAGCUAGUGGUAGAAUUUGUUCUGGGCCUGAACGUCCUAGUCUAAAAGUGGCGAAUAAAAACAUAGGUGAAAGAAUGGUAAAACUUAGUUGGGUUUAUCUCUCCAAUCUAGAUAUUGAAACAAAACCAGAUGAUAUUCUGGCUGUACUCGACCCUAAGUUUACUCAUAUUUACCAAUGUCAUAAACUACCCUCAAGAUUUGAAAAUCCAAAUAGUGCAGCCUUCAAACUGGGUAUUCCUGAAGAACUGGAAGAAAAGUACCUUUCCACGAACUUUUGGCCUGAUGGCUGUGUUGUUGGCCGAUAUAAAAAUGUGGAACCUCAACCCCAACUGGCUCCACAUUCACGCCAACCUGAUCACAAGUUAAAUUAA